GUCACCACUUUUUUAUCAACUGUUGGCCGUAAGCAAAAAAGAAAAAAGAAAUCAAAUCGCUGGAAUUGCGGCUGGCCAGUGUUAAUUGUUUCCCCGGUGUUUUCUCAAUUCGACCCGUGGUAACUCCACGGCUUUUGGUCGCAAAAUGGCACUGUAACAACGGUCAUUUGCAACCGAUUAGGAUUGCCAAAGCAGCAGAUUAGCGGCCAAAGCCGGCUUACGAUAGCUUCCAGCGCGUUCUGGGCCGAUUUUAGUCGUUUUGUGUGGGUUUUUCUUUCACCUUUUUCCCGUCGCUCGGGUUUCGCUUGAGGUAGCCGCGGUGGUGGUGUCUCUGAAGUUUGUAGGUGUGCGUAAAUCCGUCGCACCGUGAAAAACGCAACAAUCUUCUGGAAGUGAAGCCUGCUUCACCGUGAAGGAAGAAUUGAGGGGCAAUACUCUGGAUCCCACAGAGAAACAUCAAAGGGCCACCAUGAAUCGUUCCACCAAGAGCAUCACACUCCGCAAGACGGCCGGCUAUUCCAGUCUAAUAACGUUCGCCGUCCUGUUGCUGGCAUGGCUGUGCGGAUUCUCUAGCCGGCUGUUUGCUGUGAUCCGGUUCGAGAGCAUAAUCCAUGAAUUCGAUCCAUGGUUCAACUACCGUGCCACGGCACACAUGGUGGAGAAUGGAUUCUACAAGUUCCUGAAUUGGUUCGACGAAUCCGCCUGGUAUCCGCUGGGGCGUAUUGUCGGCGGCACCGUUUACCCGGGGCUUAUGAUCACGUCCGGCGGCAUCCAUUGGCUGCUCCAUACGCUCAACAUUCCGGUGCACAUUCGCGAUAUAUGUGUGUUUUUGGCACCGAUCUUCAGCGGGCUUACCGCCAUCUCGACGUACCUGCUGACGAAGGAGCUAUGGUCGGCCGGUGCCGGACUGUUCGCUGCCAGCUUUAUCGCAAUCGUGCCCGGCUACAUUAGCCGCUCGGUGGCAGGAUCGUACGAUAACGAGGGAAUUGCGAUUUUCGCUCUGCAAUUCACGUACUAUCUGUGGGUGAAAUCGGUGAAAACGGGUAGUGUGUACUGGGCGGCAUGUACUGCCCUGUCGUACUUCUACAUGGUGUCCGCGUGGGGCGGUUACGUGUUUAUCAUCAACCUUAUCCCGCUGCAUGUGUUCGUGCUGCUGAUUAUGGGCCGUUACUCGCCGCGCCUCUUCACGUCCUACACGACGUUCUACAUCCUCGGGCUGAUCCUUUCGAUGCAAAUUCCGUUCGUCGGUUUCCAACCGAUCCGUACCAGCGAGCAUAUGGCUGCUUCCGGCGUGUUUCUGCUGCUGUUCGCGGUUGCCGUGCUUAAGCACGUACAGACGGUGCUUUCGAAGCAGGAAUUUAAGCGACUGUUCCUGAUCGGCGGUUUACUGGCUGCUGGUGUCGUGUUUGCCGGCGUGGUACUGCUUACGAUGCUGGGCGUGAUAGCACCGUGGAGCGGUCGUUUCUAUUCGCUGUGGGACACGGGGUACGCUAAAAUCCACAUUCCCAUCAUUGCGUCCGUGUCCGAGCAUCAACCGACGACAUGGUUCUCGUUCUUCUUCGAUCUUCACAUCUUGGUGUGCACGUUCCCGGUAGGGCUGUGGUAUUGCAUCAAGAAGAUCAACGAUGAGCGCGUAUUUGUCGUGCUGUACGCGAUCAGUGCCGUGUACUUUGCGGGAGUGAUGGUGCGGCUGAUGCUGACACUGACGCCCGUCGUAUGCAUACUGGCUGGUGUGGCAUUUUCCGGGCUGCUGGAAGUAUUCCUGAAGGAGGACAAUGCAGCAGGAGCGAAGGAAAGCGGCGCGGAUGGUGAGGGAGACGAUGCGAACGGGGAGAAGAAACAAAUGUAUGAUAAGGCCGGCAAACUUAAGCACCGACCGAAGCACGACCUCUCGUCGCACAGCGCACACGGGGAGCAGAAUACGGGGCUUGGUUCGAACGUGAAAAAUAUGGUAAUAGUUGCCAUUUUGAUGUUGCUCAUGAUGUUUGCGGUCCACUGUACGUGGGUGACGUCGAACGCGUACAGCAGCCCGUCGAUUGUGCUGGCAUUCUAUAACAGUAACGAUGGCACUCGUAACAUUCUGGACGAUUUCCGUGAGGCUUACUACUGGCUGUGGCAGAACACGGCACCGGAUGCGCGCGUUAUGUCCUGGUGGGACUAUGGCUACCAGAUAGCGGGUAUGGCAAACAGAACGACCCUAGUGGAUAAUAAUACUUGGAACAACAGCCACAUCGCGCUCGUCGGUAAAGCGAUGUCCUCGCCGGAAGACAAAGCGUACGAAAUCAUGACCUCACUCGACGUGGACUACGUGCUGGUGAUCUUCGGGGGUGUGAUCGGCUACUCGGGCGACGAUAUCAACAAGUUCCUCUGGAUGGUGCGCAUCGCGGAGGGCGAACAUCCGAAGGAUAUACGCGAAAGCGAUUACUUUACCGACCGGGGUGAGUUCCGCAUCGAUGCGGAGGGUGCACCGGCCCUGCUGAACUGUUUGAUGUACAAGCUUAGCUACUACAAGUUUGGAGAACUGAAGCUCGACUACAGAGGUGCUGCUGGAUACGAUCGUACCCGCAAUGCUGUGAUCGGCAACAAGGACUUUGAGCUGACGUACCUCGAAGAGGCGUACACGAGCGAACAUUGGCUGGUGCGCAUUUACCGCGUGAAGAAACCACACGAGUUUAACCGACCCGCGCUGAAACCGGACGAGCGGGUACUGCCGGCCGGUGAGCUGGUGUCACGCAAAACAUCCAAACGAAGGAAAGGAUUAAUCAAAAACCGUCCCGUGGUGGUGAAGGGCAAGAGGAACAAGUAAACGGUGCAGCCCACGGGUUGAACCAUACCGUCGACUCCGGAAAGCUAUUUAAAUUUUUGGAGAAGUUGUGUUGAUUCUCUCCCUCAUGGGAGGGUAGAAAACAGUAAUAACUGAACGACAAAAAAUGAGCCUCGACCUGUUGUGCAACUAGGAGCAGCGGCCCCCGGCACUGUGACAAAAUGCUGUGAAAAGUUGGAAAACAAUAGCCUACCACCUAUAUUCCUCAAUAUUUCAAUCGAUCAGAUUUGUGGUCACAAAAAAAAAAAUAACAAAACAAAAAGAAGGUGUCGCCAAAACUUUUAUCUCAUUGGUUCUCUUUACAGUAGUUUGUAGGGCUGCCCCCGAACGGGGAAGGUAAUAACGAUGGAACUGGAAUAAAAAAGCAAAAAAAGCAACUAAAAUCAAUGGGAGCAAAUGCAAUAAAAGUAGGGCAAAUAGUUUCAUCAUUUUCCAUUAGCAUUGGCGCUCGGUCAUCGUGUUUUUGGUGCACCACCAUCUAGUUUUUUAGAUUUUAUUCCAUGAAAUACUUGCAUUUUGGGUUUGUUUCUCCUCAUGCACUUGCUCUUCGAACAACGCGUGUUAUCGUUGCUGUAUGCUCUGGAUCUGCGAUCCCGCGAGCUUUUUCUUUUCUUUACUGUACGCACCUUAAUAUACAGAGUGGAAAAAAGAGACAGGUGAAACAAUUAGGAACCGUUGUGUUAAGUGUUUGCAUUAACGUGGAAGAUUUGCGCUGUUCAACGCAACGCUCUCCACUCAAAUAGAAGAAACAGUAAAGCGAAAACUCAAGCAAAGAAAUGAACAAAACCAAUUAGAACUAGAAAACAGAUGAGGAAAACCACAAUAGUAAAAACGCUACUAGGCGGUGAAACAAAACGAAAAGAAGUACUAAUCUAGUAACCUCAAGGCAUACUGCUACGCCCAUGCCUACCGGAAUGUAUGUCUCACUUGUUUACUUGAUGAAAAUUGCGAUCGUUCUGUUACCAGGGAAACCGUAGAUUUUAUUGGACAUGUGGCAUGGCAAUAGGGGUGGUUGCCGCUGUAACUGAUCGAUUUCGAUCGUUGCCUUGCGUUUGAGGAUUGAUCCAAUUAGGACCUGUGUGUUUAUUUGUGCUCAGCCAUUACCAAUGAUCUGCUCCGGGAUAUCGCGCGCAUGAGAGCAAACGUAGCAAGCAGAUCAGGAAGAAGCACAACAAACAAAACGAUCAACACGGUGACUCCUAGCCGAACACUGAAUACAACUUAAGGCGGAAAAUAAAUCACACACACACACGUACGGUGGAGUGACAUUAAAU